UUGAGGGGUGGCAUCAAAGUAUCCAAAGUGCAACACAAUCAAGAAUUGCAUAAAUCAUGAUACUUUAUACUACUUUUUUCUCAUACCAUAACGACAUAAUUAAAGACUAUAUUGAAACAAAGCAAAACCCAAAAUUGAUCUCAAAAUUUUCCGGACAGAUGAAACCAAUUUAAGUUGGGAUACCCAAAAUCUCGAGUGCAAAAUUUAAAUGCUUUUAAACAGUCGAGUUAGAGAAACCCCUAAUUCUUAUUACCCCUUUUUGGCUUGUUAGAAACACGACAUCCGAACACGUACCAGGAGGCGUCGUUCCGCGUGAAAGUCAUUUAAGUCAACACAGGACUGGCCAAUAGGCUCUUCGAUCUGAAACGGCACCGUACGCGUGCGAAGUGUCCAAACGGCAUUGCGUUUCAACGCUCAGGCACUUGGCCACACUCACUCCUUCCCCAUCACGCUCCGUGCUGUUGUUGCUGCUACUGGUUCAGUAAAGGUGGGUGCUUUAGCGAAAGAGCACACGCCAUAGCAGGCAGCCCAUAGUCGUAAUGAACGACCUCUCAAAUGCAGCUCUGAGAGACCACCAAAGCAGCGCCUUCAAGCCCAUACCUUCUCUGGUCCUCUACAUUCUUGCACCCAUCUUCUUCUUGGGCCUCUCGGUCUCCAUCUUCAUCCUCAUUGUGGUCCGCAACGCCCUCUUCUUCGUCUCCUUCCUCGUGCUCUCUGCUCUUGUUUUUGCUUUCGUUGUCUGGAACAAGCGUCACUGGGCGAAGAAAGCUGCAUUCUUUUUGUUCCUCGACUCUCUUCCUGAGUCUGACCUUCGUCUCGCUCAGCACGGGCAGCUUGUUAAGAUCACUGGGAUUGCUUCAUGUGAGAGUCUCUCCCUGGAAUCUUCAUAUGAAAAGGCUACUGGAUGUAUCUAUGCGUCUACUCUUUUAUAUGAAUAUAGGGGAUUAACUCGACAGCCAGUGAAUAUCAAUAGAUCAUGCUUCCAGUGGCAUUUAGCAUAUUGUGAGAGAUUCUCCACAGACUUUUACUUAACCGAUCAGAAGUCUGGUCUUAGAGCUAAUGUCAAAGCUGGUUCUGGUUGUAAAGUUAUUCCACUGGUCGUUGAGAGCAAACUUGUCAACACUAAAAGAUGUAGACUCCUCUCCCCUCACUUGAGGAAAUGGUUAAGUGAGAGAAAUCUCUCGUCUGAAUCCCGUCUACUACGUCUGGAGGAAGGAUUUGCAUGAGUUUUGGCAGGUAUGUACAAGAAGGCAGCUCUGUGACAGUAUUUGGAAUGUUGCAUAGAAACAAUGAGAUAACUACGAUUGUUCAACCACCAGAAGUAAUCUCCACUGGGUGUCUAUGGCGAAAACUGCUUCUCCCAGUCGACAUUGAUGGGCUGAUCCUAAGGGUCUCUCAUCUGGCUCAGCAUUCUGCCAACCCAAAUUCUAUACAAUAGCCAGAAAGAUAGUAGGUAGGACAAGAUUUUUGGAUGAUAACCCUUUUUUCAUUUCAAAACAAAACAGUCUGUUUUACUCUGAAUCUUGAUGUCUCACUAACCAUUAUGUACACCUUCAGCUGUAAAACAUUAAUUUGCUCUUGAUGUCUCUUUUCUAUAGCACUUUGAUUGCUUCUGUA